AUGCGGAGAACACCUACGGCUGACGACGAUGCAAAACCCAAGGAAGACGACGAUGCUGAGACGAAAACCCGCAUGCCAGCAAGGCGCCAGACCCAGUCUUCGUGGACGGCGAGCGCGUCUGCCUUAGGUGCUUACUCGGAGUCGGCAGAGGAGCAGGGGGUAAACACUACAGCCACGACCGCGAGGCACCACCUUGUGUACUCUACCAGAGCCAAGCACGUGCAGGGGCAGCUCACAAGCUCUUGCGAGAAGCGGCACAGAGACCAGAAGCAGCCCACACAGGAGACCGAAAAGCAGAAGGAGGCACAAAGCCAACGCCGGGAGACCAAGAAGACCAAGAAGAAAGAGGAAGAGAUAGCGAAGCAGACCGUCGUGAAGACCCGCCACCGGAAGGCAGCAGCAGCAGCGGGCAAACCGCAGCCACUGGUACCCCCGAAGCUCACCAAGUACAUCCCGCGUGACACUGGGGAACAAGAGUCAGAUGCCGCUUUCUUGGACAUCAUGGACUUCGGGGAGAACGAGGCACCUAAGGGGACCGACCCCGUCAGCGCGGGGGCCGCCCCCGCCGAGCAAUACACCUCUGUGGCGUCCUCUUCAGCACGGAGCGGAGUACCAACGGAAGAACUUGCUAUCCGUGCCAGGGCAAUAGCACAGAGAAGGGCCAUCGAGGAGUACGACCAGAAAGCCAGGCUACAAAAAACGCCCUCUCCAAGGGCACCCGCUGCGAAGAAGGCCGCACCCAAACCAGAGACAGAGUGGGUCCCAGGACACACCAAGGUUGCAGAGCCGGCACUGCCACCUCGAGCACGGGGGGCACCAGCUCCAAAGUCAGGCCUGGCGCAAAAGGUGAUCCAGAUGGGCAUAAAGCUCGACAAGCUCAACAAGCGCAAGUAG